AUGAAAGCAAAACUUGAAAAUGCCCCUGCCAUUGCAGUUGUGGUAUUCAAGGAAUCUGAUGAAAUGGCUCAGUUGAAGCAAAAACAAGUGGAAACUGAAUUUGAAUUAUUUCGCAAGUUUGCAAAAAUAGUGGAUUUAAAAGGAAACUGGGACAACAUCAUUGUGGGUGGGGUCAUGAAUUUCAUGGGUCGCGGUAAUCGCAAUUGA